AUACGGGAUAUUUGGCAAUGCAUCGUGUGCGUCAAGUGGUAAAGCCUCUGUCGUCUGCUCUUCGGCUCGGUGUUUGUCGUUAUCGUUCAAAUACUUUUCGUCCGAAGAUAUGUGCUGCUUGUUAUUGUGUAGACGGCAAUUCAAGAACUCAAGUUCUUCAAGCUGUUCGAAACGAACUCGAGGAUGCAGAACAAAAGAUAGAGAACAUACCCAUCAUUGAUGAUUUCACGUCGAGUGUAACGUCGUCUGGUUGUGUUGCUGAGCUUUCGAAAUACAUUGGAGACGAAAAGGUGUUGGUCAGGUUUGAUGUUCGUGAGAGUGUAGAUGUAUCAGAUAAUGAGUUGUUCGAAGAGAUAGAGGAAGAUGAGGAUGUUUCAGAAGAUAAUUUUGAAUCAGAGCCUGUGUUUGCUCCAUCGUUUACUGUGGACAUUACACAGUCGUCUGGCCAGACUCUACGUUUUGAGUGUUGUGUAGACCCAUAUGCCAUACCAAUGACGCACAGUCAGCUGCCGAAACUGGAGCUGAACAGCAUGUCAUUCAUAACAGCGGACGGAAGCAACCCAACAGAUCCUGCCUACACAGUUGACUGCAACACAUUAGAUCUUGAUUUACAUUCAGCCCUAUUGAACUAUCUAGAAGAGAAGGGAAUAACAAAUAGUUUUGUGGAGAAACUGCUGUCUUUCAACGCAGUACUAGAAAACCGCGAGUACGCAAAGUUUUUGAAGAAUCUGGAGACGUUUGUUAGCCACUAGACGGUAGGUUGGACGAUCAGUGUUCUCUAAAAGUUGGUAAUAAUUUGUAGUGAACUGCUAAAUGGUUAUGAUUGAAAUCUAACAUUGUGAUGAACA